UGUGUGGGGGGAGAGAGAAAAAAACAAAUAGAGAGAGAGAAGAGGUGGGGUGGCAGAGAAACUGAUAGAGAACUUUCAAAGCUCUUUAUCUUCUACCAUCACUCAACUAUAGCCUCUAUAUUUCAGUCUCAAACUGAAAGUCACACAAAUUUUGUAAAAACUCUAGUUUUAUUUAUCUUCCCUUCUAAAACAAAAAGAAAGGGCCGUGUUUGUUAAUCACAUAUCAUUUUUAUUUUCACUUCUUUCUGUCUCUCUCUGUCGGUACCAUAUCAUCAUGAGACCACAAGGAAAUCCAUUAGAUCUUAACAAUUUGCCUGAUGAAUACUCUAGAGAUCAUGGUAAACAAGUUCUUGAAGACACUGAUCCACCCGGUUGCAUCAGGAAAAAGAAAAACGGCGGGAAGGAUGGAAAAGAAGAGUGUGGGAAGGUUUAUGAAUGUAGAUUUUGUUCUCUCAAGUUCUGUAAAUCUCAGGCUCUUGGGGGACACAUGAACCGUCACCGCCAAGAGAGGGAAACAGAGACGCUUAACCAUGCUCGUCAGCUAGUCUUCCGUAACGAUCAUAACCAGCUUGCACCACAACCACCUCCCUCUCACCUAGUAGGAUGUUGUCCACCACCACCAAUAGCAACAGCAGGCUACAUUCAAGCAAAUAACAUGGGAGAUCCAACAAUGCCUCUAAGAUUCCCAAGAUACUUCUCAGGCUCAUCAUCCUCAACACAUAUUCCUCCUCCACCACCGCCACCACCACAACCAACUCAACCUUAUCUAUACACUUCACCUUCACGGCCGGUGUCUUUUCCGACACAUUUAAUUCCUCAACAUCCGAUGAACGAAUACCAUGUCGGUCACGUGAUGAGUAGCAGUCACCACCAGCAAUAUGGAGGACUGCAGCACAUGAACUACGUUGCAGGCGGAGGUGGUGGUGGUGGUGAAUCAAAUUACACGUGCAUAGGUGCACCGGUUGGACAAGGUUUUGUUCCGGGAAGUGGUGGCGCCGAGAAAGGUCAAAAUCAUCAUCAUCAACAACAUCAGGAUCAAGAUGGAACAAGUUUGAAUUGGGGAAGGAGCACUUAUUCAGCUGGAACACAGCAUCGUUUGGAUACUCAUAAUAAUUCAUCGAUCAAUCGGUUUCAAGAUGGUUUCUAAGAGAUUCUUUGUGUGAUUGUGUUCUGUUCUACGAUAACAACAGAUGCAUAAGUGGUGAUGAUGAGUCAUAAGAAAGAGAAUGGUUUUUAUUUUGGUUUUAAUGUUAAUUUUUUUCUAUGAGUAACUAAGGACAAGUACUACUUUUGAGAUCAUUUACACGCUCAGCUACUUUGGCUUGGAGCUGUAGGAUGGGAUGGGAUGAAUGGGAAUUAACAAACAACAAGUUUGAUAUCAACUGAAAAUUUCCAAACACCCUUUUUGCAUUUUAAUUCUCUCUUCCUUUUGCAUGCCAAU